AUUUAUUUUUAAAUAUAAUUAAUUUUAUGCAAGUUUGGUUGCCUAUACCAAUGGUACCCUUACCACAAAUAACGUUAAAUCAAUUUAUGAAACUGUGCGCAUAUACUUCGAUAAGAAGUGGAAAUGAAAAAGGAAUGCGAGCGAUCCACGAGAACGAGAUCGAAUAUUGUAUUUGGCGUACCAGAUUGAUACCGAUUUUAUUGGCCGCAAGCUGCCCACAUUUUGUAGUAAUUUUUUUUGUGUUUGAAAAAACCCUCAUCGAGGUUUUUUUUUUUGUACUAUAAGAAAUUGAAUUGAGCCUAUAUCCUGCACAAGAAUAAUUAGAGAAUCCAGAUUUUUACUGCGACAGAAACAGCAGCGUUUCUUUUCAACACUGUCUAAUUUCCAAUCACCGAAUCUCACGCCAACAUUGCGGAUGGUUCAACUCCAACUUCACAGAAGAUAAGAUAGCGACUCAAAAAUAAGGCGAGUUCGUUCCAUUUUUUUUAGACGGUAUCGUUUGCUAAAUUGGCCCCGUUUUUUUUUUCUGUACAAUAGUAAAUAGUAUCACCAAUCUACUAACACUCUUCUUAGUAUUAAAAAAUUUCACAUUUUUAUACUACUCUAAUUGAUGUAAAUAAACUGGUUUUUGUGUUACGGUCUCAACCCCGUAAAUUUGUUAUUAUCAUUAAGGUUGAGUGGCGCCCAGACGCCCCAGUGUUCAAGGGAACCGAUAAGCCCAAGACCGACGAUAGCUGCCGGCGCACGUAACAAUUCCUUUUUUUUUUGGACUAAAAAUUCAACUAAAAAUUAAAAUGUUACAAAUGGCGCGCAACGUGUAAGGCCUUGAACGCAGGUGGCGGUUUAUAUGUAUUAAAUAAUUUAUUUUAUUGGAAAUUCCUGUAAACCAAGUUUGUAGAUAACCAAUUUAGCAAAAUACCCGCUGAUAUUUUUGAGAUUGUUGAUGCGUCGUGUAAAAAUUUUUUUUGAGGUUUCGUUAAUGUGUCCAUUUAUUGUUCAGUGUUGAAAUCGCAAAAAAAAAAAAAAGAAAUUGUGCAACAAUAGGCAUGGAGGACUUUAAGCCCUCACAUUUGUUAAUUGAUGAAAUAAAAUAUGAAUUAAGAAUUAGAGGAGUAGUUACAGAUCGUCCAGUAGACGACAAGCGAAAAAUUCUAAACAAAUUGUUGGCUAAAGAAAGAGGUCGUCACUUAACUCAUAUUGAUCCAUUUUAUGAUUUUGGUCGUGAGCAGGAUGCGAUUAAUAAAACGCUAGAAUCCAUUUCUAAUUUAGUAACUGAAUUUGAGGGGAAUGAGAUUGAUUCCGCAUUUAAGCGCGGCAUAUCACGUCUCAAUCAUGUUUCUGGUAGGAUUUCGCGCAUUCUAAUUCCAGAUGAUGAUGAUGAUCAACUGGAAAAAAUCCAAAAAUUUAAAAAUGAAUCAUAUGCGACUUGCCUUGCGUUAGAAGCGGAUCUAUCCGAUAAGGCGACCGUUGGUAAUGCAACCAAUACCUUUCCUGAAAUCGUGAACUUAAAUAACACCAUUAUGGCCCAACCUACAGUGCCACCCGUAAUACAUACUAGUAAUAAGGUAAUUCCGGUUUAUAAAUGGAAUUUGAAAUUUAAUGGUGAUCCGCGGCAAUUGCAUCCUUUUUUAGAAAAAGUCUUGGCAUUACACCAAUCGCGUGGAGUAUCAGAAAAAGAUCUGGUUGCUUCUGCCGGUGACCUUUUUGUUGAUAAAGCUUUUGUGUGGUAUCGUACAAUCAAAUCAAAAGUUACCGAGUGGGAUGAUUUAGUCAAAUUAUUAAAGCAAAAGUUUUUACCUCCAGAUUUUGAGGAAGAAAUUUGGAAUGACAUAAAAGCUAGAAAGCAGGGCAAAGCAGAAUCAACCACAAUUUUUAUUGCUGUUAUGGAGACACUGUUUAGUCGUUUGGAUAGAUCUCCCGCGGAGGCAACGAAGAUCAAAUACAUUAGACAGAAUUUGCUACCUCAAUAUGUCACGCACUUAGCAUUAACUGAAAUUAAUAAUCUAGAUCAGUUGGUUAAUUGUUGCGAAAAAAUUGAAAACGCCUCGUAUCUUAAAAACAAGAGUCAAAACCAAGAUAAAAUCAAUAGCUUUUCGUUUUUAGAACCCGAAUUAUUAUACAGUAGUCAAUUAAGUAUCGAUAAGGGUCCCAAUUCUAAAGAGUUUCCGACAGCUACCAAUAAAAUUAACUUUAAAUUUAAACCUAAUCGAGUGUCAACAGUUUCGUGCAGCAAUAACGCCUCUUCAGCUCAAACGAACAGAACUAAGGUCUUCCAUAAUUCAGAGAUAGUAUGUUGGAAUUGCGGAUUACCAAAUCAUACUUACACUUCUUGUAAAGCCAAACGGAGCACCUUCUGUUAUCGUUGCGGAGAAAGGGACUUUUUGUCGACCAAUUGUCCCAAGUGUAACAAUCCAAAAAACUAG